AUGUCUGCGACGGCCUCCAAAAACUUCUAUCGCCGUCGAUUACCCCCAACAUGCGUGGGUUUUGCAUCGGAAGAAGGAAAACGACUUUUCGCGGAAAGCCUCCUUGAUGGUAACGCAAACAUAUAUUUCAAAUUGGCCGCACAAUUUCGCACACAAGACGAACCGGCUUACUGUGGUCCGAGCACCCUGGUGAUGGUCUUGAAUGCACUGGAAGUUGAUCCAGGGCAAGUGUGGAAAGCACCUUGGCGAUUUUAUCACGAGUCCAUGCUUGAUUGCUGUGUUCCGUUGGAGAGCAUCAAGAAGUUGGUUUUUUACAUCCUUCUGACUGACAAUUAA